UUCACGGAUUUACAGUUCAUACUAUCAAUUUCUCUUUUUCCCGCGGGGUUCGCUGGUUAAAAAGCGCUUCUGAAGCAAUUAGAAGAACUUCCGAAUUUCAGAAAUGGCUUCCGCUUCAACAAAAAAGCGCUCAAGAUCAGCUCAGAAGAACCCUAGCACUAUCCCAAACUCCUCUUUACUGUCUUUGUUCUUGAAAGAACCACCACCGGGUUUCUUCCCCUCCAAGGAAGAGUUCUUAAGGCUCCUUGUCGUCAUCUCCAUUGCAGUCUCCGUCUCCAUGGCCUGUAAUUUCACUGUCGAUUUUCUCAAUCGCCAGCCUAAGCUCUUCUGCGAUAGUGAUCAAACUUCUGAAGAUGCACUAUCUGAUUAUUGUGAACCUUGUCCAGAUAAUGGAGAAUGUUUUAAUGGCAAGUUGGAAUGUGUCCGUGGCUAUAAAAAGCUUGGGAGGUUAUGUAUAGAAGAUGGAGAAAUUAGUCAAACAGCAAAGAAACUUUCAGAAUGGGUAAAACAACAUGUCUGUGAAGCACAUGCUCAGUUUUUAUGUGAUGGAACUGGCACAAUUUGGGUUCAAGAGGUGGACAUAUGGAAGGAAAUUGAUGGAGGCAAAUUACACAGAAUUUUUGACUUGAACAAUGACACUUUCCAGUAUACGAAACAAAAGGUACUGGAGACCAUUAGAAGCUCAUUGGAGAUGAGGGAAGAUUUUCAAGGGAUCAAAGAGUUGAAAUGUCCGGACUGGCUAGCUGAACAGUACAAACCACUCCUCUGCUACAUCCGUCAAUGGAUCUCCAAGCAUGCUUUGAUUUUAGUUCCAGUUUCUACAGUGCUUAUAGGAUUCAUAACUUUGUCUGCUUCAUUGGUACGAAGAGUCCGUCGGAGUCGAUAUCUAACGACCAGAGCAGAACAGCUCUACCAGCAGGUCUGUGACAUACUUGAAGAAACUGCAAUAACAACAAAGAGUGUAACCGGACAAGGUGAACCUUGGGUGGUUGCUUCUCGUUUACGAGAUCAUCUACUUCUGCCAAGAGAGAGGAAAGACCCCAUGUUAUGGAGAAAGGUUGAGGAGUUUGUCCAAGAAGAUUCUCGUGUUGAUCAAUACCCGAAGCUUGUGAAGGGUGAUUCAAAAGUGGUGUGGGAAUGGCAAGUUGAGGGUUCACUGAGUUCCUCAAAGAUGAGAAAGAAAGGGCCAACAAGCAAAGUGCAACCCAGUGGAGACAUGUAUGAGUCACCUGGUCAACCACGCAGGCAAUCCACAUUGAAGGCUGGACGGGCACUUUACUGUUGAAUUGUCCACAAGGAUUAGAUUUGUAUGUUGUAAAUUAUUAAAAUUUAUGCUCCAGAACCUCCUCAUGUCACCCCCCCCCCCCAAAAAAAAAAAAAAAAAAAAAAAAAAAAAUAA